AUGGCGCACAUUUAUGAGGUAGGGACUCGGGCCUGGCAGCCCGACCCUACUGAGGGAUGGGUGGCCUCCGAGGUGAAGGAGAAGCUAGUCGACGGCGACAAGGUUCGACUGCUGUUUGAACUGGAGAAUGGAGAGACCAAGACCGUCGAGACCACUCAGGCCGAACUCCAGGUGGACAACAAUCCUAACCUGCCGCCCUUGAUGAACCCGGCCAUGUUGGAAGCGAGCGAAGACUUGACCAAUUUGUCCCAUUUGAACGAACCUGCAGUCUUGCAGGCCAUCAAGCUACGCUAUGCGCAAAAGGAGAUCUACACAUAUAGUGGUAUCGUGUUGAUCGCGACCAACCCUUUUGCGCGGGUGGACUCCCUCUACGUGCCUCAGAUGGUUCAGGUGUAUGCGGGGAAACAGCGCGCUUCUCAGGCCCCUCACCUGUUCGCCAUUGCAGAGGAGGCUUUCGCUGAUAUGCUUCGGGAUGGCAAAAACCAAACAAUCGUGGUUUCCGGUGAGUCAGGAGCCGGAAAGACCGUCAGCGCCAAAUACAUCAUGCGUUACUUUGCAACUCGAGAGUCUGCCGAUCAGCCAGGCAAGUACACCACAAGCCGUGCAGAUGCUACCACGGAGACCGAGGAACAGAUUCUGGCAACCAACCCUGUCAUGGAAGCGUUCGGCAACGCCAAGACCACUCGCAACGACAACUCGUCUCGAUUCGGUAAAUACAUCGAGAUCAUGUUCGACGACCAGGCAAAUAUCAUUGGCGCGAAGAUCCGGACAUACCUUCUGGAGCGAUCUCGACUGGUGUUCCAGCCUCUCAAGGAGCGCAACUACCACGUUUUCUACCAGCUCGUGGCGGGUGCCACUGAUGAGGAAAGACAGGAUCUGGGCCUGUUACCUGUGGAGGAGUUUGAGUAUCUCAACCAGGGUGGCACACCCAUCAUCGAUGGCGUCGAUGACAAGGCCGAGUUUGAUGCGACGCGCAAGUCCUUGACGACCAUUGGUGUCACACAAGCUCAGCAGAAGGAGAUCUUCCGGAUCCUGGCGGCUCUGUUGCACCUGGGUAAUGUGAAGAUCACAGCAACUCGCACAGACUCUACACUGUCCUCUUCUGAGCCGGCCCUCGUGCGCGCCUGUGAAAUGCUGGGCAUCGAUGCCAAUGAGUUUGCCAAGUGGAUUGUCAAGAAGCAGCUGAUCACCCGAGGAGAAAAGAUCACCUCCAACCUAACCCAGCAGCAGGCCGUUGUGGUCCGUGACUCAGUCGCCAAGUACAUCUACUCCAGCCUCUUUGACUGGCUCGUAGACACCAUCAACCAAGGACUGGCCAAGGAGGAGGUUGUGGAACGUGUCAAGACCUUCAUCGGUGUUCUCGAUAUCUACGGUUUCGAGCAUUUCGCCAAGAACUCCUUUGAGCAGUUCUGUAUCAAUUACGCCAAUGAGAAAUUACAACAGGAGUUCAAUCAGCACGUCUUCAAGCUGGAACAGGAGGAGUACGUGCGGGAAGAGAUUGACUGGAAGUUUAUUGAUUUCUCCGACAACCAACCGUGCAUUGAUUUGAUCGAGGCCAAGCUGGGAAUUUUGGCUCUGUUGGACGAAGAAUCUCGACUGCCGAUGGGAUCGGACGAACAAUUUGUCACCAAGCUGCACCAUCACUUCGCAGCGGACAAGCAAAAGUUCUACAAAAAGCCCCGCUUCGGAAAGUCUGCUUUCACUGUCUGUCACUACGCCGUGGAUGUCACUUAUGAGUCGGAUGGCUUCAUUGAGAAGAAUCGUGAUACUGUUCCCGACGAACACCUCGAGGUUCUGCGCAACUCGUCCAACAGCUUCAUCAAGGAGAUUCUGGACACGGCGGCAGCGGUGCGCGAGAAGGACACGGCGGCAGUGGCCUCCAAGGCUGUGGCUUCAGCAGCACCAGGCCGUCGAAUCGGUGUUGCUGUGAACCGGAAACCCACCUUGGGUGGUAUCUUCAAGUCCUCCUUGAUCGAAUUGAUGAAUACGAUCAACUCAACGGACGUGCACUACAUCCGUUGUAUCAAGCCUAACGAGGCCAAGGAGGCUUGGAAAUUCGAGGGUCCCAUGGUGCUCAGCCAGCUGCGGGCUUGUGGUGUCUUGGAGACGGUCCGCAUCAGUACGGCUGGUUACCCGACUCGAUGGACUUAUGAGGAGUUUGCAAUCCGCUACUACAUGUUGUGUCACUCCUCGCAAUGGACGUCUGAAAUCCGAGACAUGUGUCACGCCAUCUUGCGCAAGGCUCUCGGCGACGCAAAUCAUCAGAAGCAGGACAAGUACCAGCUGGGUCUGACCAAGAUCUUCUUCCGGGCCGGUAUGCUGGCCUUCUUGGAGAACCUGCGCACCUCGCGAUUGAACGAGUGUGCAAUCAUGAUUCAGAAGAACUUGCGUUGCAAGUACUACCGUCGCCGAUACUUGGAAGCUCGCGAAUCCAUUCUCACCACCCAAGCUUUCAUUCGUGGAUUCCUUGCUCGCCAAACUGCUCAUGAGAUUCGACGAAACAAGGCCGCCACGACCAUCCAGCGAGUCUGGCGUGGAUCGAAGGAGAGGAAGCACUACAACUUCAUCCGAAAGAACAUCAUCCUUUCUCAGUCGGUGAUGAAAGGUUUCCUUUGCCGACGCAACAUCAUGGAGACGAUUAAUGGCAACGCGGCCAAGGUAAUUCAGCGCGCAUUCCGCUCUUGGCGCCAAAUCCGGGCGUGGCGCCAAUACCGCCACCAGGUUACUAUUGUGCAAAACCUGUGGAGAGGUAUUCAAGCGCGUAAGGCGUACAAGGGUCUGCGUGAAGAGGCUCGCGAUCUCAAGCAGAUUUCUUACAAGCUUGAGAACAAGGUCGUUGAGCUUACUCAGAUGGUUCAGUCCAUGAAAUUGGAGAACAAGUCUCUUGCCUCGCAACUGGAAAACUAUGAGACUCAAUUGAAGUCAUGGCGUGCUCGACAUAACGCGCUCGAGGCACGUGCCAAGGAACUUCAGGCUGAAGCCAACCAGGCUGGUAUCACAGCCGCUCGCUUAGAAGCCGUAGAGGAGGAGUUGAGUAAGGUGAGCCAGGUGUCGGCAGAGUACCAAGCGAGCAUCAAGCGCAUGCAGGAGGAAGAGCGGGUCGGCCGCGAGAACCUGCGUCUUGCCACCGAAGAAUUGGAGAAACUCAAACUCGCCAAUACCGAAGCCGAGCAAGAGAGGAAUGGAUUGAAGCAACGAGUCGUGGAACUGGAAGAAGAGCUAGAGGUGGCCAAGCGGUCAGUGCCCCUGAACGGCGCUCACGCAGAUGCUCUCAAUGGCAAUGCGGCCCAAGCGGCCCCCAGUGGGUUGAUCAACCUCGUGUCGUCCAAGAAGCCCAAGCCUCAGCGACGCAGCGCGGGCGCAGAGAAGGUUGGCACCGUGGACCGCUUCAGCGGGGCGUACAAUCCUCGACCGGUUUCAAUGGCCAUCACCGGAUACAACGGGGCUCGCGCGGUGACGGCCUUUUCCCCGGGUCUGGACUCGGUGGAAGCGGAACUGGAACAGUUGUUGUCCGAAGAGGACGAUCUCAACGACGAGGUGACCAUGGGAUUGAUUCGUAACUUGAAGAUUCCCUUGCCCAGCUCCAAUCCACCGCCGACGGAGAAAGAGGUACUUUUCCCCGCGUAUCUUAUCAACCUUGUGACUUCUGAGAUGUGGAACAACGGCUUUGUGAAAGAGUCCGAGCGAUUCUUGGCCAAUGUCAUGCAAUCCAUCCAGCAAGAGGUUAUGGAGCACGAGGGUGAGGAUGCGAUCAACCCGGGUGCUUUCUGGCUUUCCAACGUGCACGAAAUGCUUUCCUUUGUCUUCCUGGCCGAAGAUUGGUACGAGGCUCAAAAGACGGACAAUUACGAGUAUGAUCGACUACUGGAGAUUGUCAAGCACGAUUUGGAAAGUCUUGAGUUCAACAUCUACCACACGUGGAUGAAGGUGUUGAAGAAGAAGCUGUACAAGAUGAUUGUUCCUGCGAUUAUCGAGUCGCAGUCUCUUCCUGGUUUCGUCACGAGCGAGACCAACCGUUUCCUUGGAAAGCUGUUACCGUCCAACAACAGCCCGGCUUACAGUAUGGACAACCUGCUGAGCUUAUUGAAUGCGGCGUACCGGGCAAUGAAGGCCUUCUAUGUUGAAGACGCCAUUAUCUUGCAGACCGUCACUGAGUUGUUGAAGUUGGUUGGGGUCACUGCAUUUAACGAUCUGCUCAUGCGACGAAACUUUUUGUCGUGGAAGCGUGGUCUGCAGAUCAAUUACAACAUUACUCGGAUUGAGGAGUGGUGUAAGAGCCACGAUAUGCCCGAGGGAACCUUGCAAUUGGAGCACUUGAUGCAAGCCACCAAGCUGCUUCAGUUGAAGAAGGCCACUUUGAAUGACAUUGAAAUCAUUCAAGACAUCUGCUGGAUGCUUUCUCCCAAUCAAAUUCAGAAGCUCCUGAACCAAUAUCUCGUGGCCGACUAUGAACAGCCCAUCAACGGCGAGAUUAUGAAGGCCGUUGCCUCUCGUGUCACGGAGAAGAGUGACGUUCUCCUUUUGACUCCCGUAGACUUGGAGGAUAGUGGACCCUAUGAGAUCGCCGAGCCCCGUGUGAUUACUGCCUUGGAGACUUAUACUCCAUCAUGUAAGUGUCGUCUCGACCUUCUUCCACCCCCUUUCAACAACACCGGAUUCUCUAGUAUCCUCUCUCGACGUUCUCCCUUCUUUACCCACAAAUCGCUAACCACACUUGUCUUUGUUUCAGGGCUCCAAACACCACGUCUGAAGCGUCUCGCCGAGAUUGUCUCCGCGCAGGCCAUCGCACAACAAGACAAACUCGCAAUCGAAAAUGGGGUCAUGGAAGAGUAA